AUGCUGAAUGAUACUAGCGAGAUUAACCAACAGAGUAUGCCAGUUAGAAACUUUCUGCGUCGUCAACAGGACGUAAAUAAUUUAGCUUAUAAGAGAAAUAGUACAGAGAAACCAGUUAAUUUGGGACCAGAACGUCCAAUAAGUGAAUACGAUAACAUAACUCACGCGAGUGUAACGCAAUAUCCGUUCGCGGACUUAAAAUUCCGUUUUGAUUAUUCACCUUCAACAUCAACCAUUAUGAAUAACUUAGAGAAUUCAAGCGAUGUGCGGAGCAAUAACAAUAAAGAAACUACUACACUGCCCGUUAACCAUCAUCAAUAUGAGAAUGUACUCGACACAUUACAACUUCGAAAUCAACAACGAGAAAGUGAUCAACAGGUGAAAAUGAAUCAAAAUGAUGCACACUCAUCGUUGUCACCGCAACGCUCUGUGAUGAGCGACGCUAAAUCUUCUUUCUUUGGUUUGAAUAAAGCACAAGAAAAAUCAUCAACACAGGAAGAAUUCGAAAAGCUCAUAGACGACAUGAGCAAUGCCAGAAUAUUAUUAGAAAACCCAAAUCCUCAUUACGUCAAUGUUCCAAGCAAUGAGACGACUGAGAGAAAAGAAAAAGAUAUGCAGACGUCUAAAGAACAAUCAAUGAGUGCGACUUCGUCGGCUUCUGGAUCUUCAUCAACUACAGCCACACCAUCAUCAUCACCUUUAAGGCAAGACAGAAAAGGAAAUUGUCGAAAGAAUAGCGAAAGUAGUAGUAGAAGUAAAAGUCCAAAAUUUAUGCUACCUGAAACAACAACAUUACCCUCAACACCAUCACAGGCUGUCUACAUGUCGACGACAGUUCCACAAAACAUUAAAGGUCAAAAUAUUAUGGGACGACACAAACCAACGAGAACUUCUUUGCGUCAUUCACGAAUGAUCGUUACAAGCAAACAUUUUCAUGGUCCACGAUACACAAACUUACUCAACAUUCACUUCGUAUGGUUAGCAAAAUUUUUCCUUUUUCUUAAGAUUGUCAUAGGAAUUAGUCUCUUAACACUUGGUGGAUGGAUUUGUCUUUUUGCAAAUUCAACUCCAAUCCAACAAAAUCCAUUCUGGAGUGGAUUAAUCAUUAUCAUCUCAGGGCUUCUCGGCUUGUACCUUCUAAGUUUAAAAAGAACGCGAUCAAAACUUAAGGCAAACUUUUUUUGGUUUCUCAAGAUGAACGCUAGUGUGAUAAUUGUUAUGUCAGUAUUUCUAACAACCCUCGCUUUAAUCUAUGCCUCAUUCCACUUCGUCAGCCUAAAAUCGGACAGAAAAAAAUGCUUUCCUGAGAAUGUUUUCAUUAACAGUUCAUCGUGCAUUUGCGUGUUUAAUGUGAACUCGGAUUUUAACAUAUCAAGGGAGUUUUCCGUCGAAAAUCACACAGACUCGUCUGGGAUUAUAGAUUUACCAAACGAUGGAAACAUUGUUCAUUUUAGAGAUUUAAGUUGCAAUGAGUUGGAGACUUGGACACACAUUCUUCUAACUUCAAUGAUCUUAAACUUCUUAGGAUUAUUCUUUUCGGUAUGUUACAUGACACAAUUUAUUUUCGGUUGUAAAAGAAGAAAAAGAUUUUACACAACUGUUAGAACUGCAGUAUGAUGAAAAACUUUAUUUGUAUUUUAUGUUUAUAAAAUAAAUUUGGACCAAGUUUUUAGAAAUUUAUCAUC